AUGGUGGACGAUGUGAGCAGCAAGGGUACCAGCCCUGAGUGUGGCAAAUGGGUAGCUCAGGCUGGGCCAUCUCCUUGUGAUCUCAGUCCUGGGUAUCAAGAGCCGAUUAUGAUGACGGUCUACAAACGCCGCUUCAUCGGCGUUGCUCACCUGGCGCUCCUGAACAUUGUUGUCAGCUGGGGUUGGGUUACAUACCCAGCAGUGCCAGUAACAUCGGCGGAGUUCUUGAAUGUCAGCGUAAAUGCGAUCACCUGGCUUAGUACGGGCACUCUCUUCGCCUACUGUAUUAGUGCGCCAUUUGUGUUCCAAACAGUGGAGCGGCUGGGGUUGAGAGGAUCCAACAUCGUCACCUCCGUACUUUUACUAGUUGGGAAUUGGAUUCGUUAUGCAGGGACAGUUUCGGGGGUUAGGAACUAUGGAGUGGUUAUGUUUGGCCAAAUUGUCAUUGGCCUGGCUCAGCCUUUCUGCCUGUCAACGCCCAGCAAGUUCAGUGAGAGUUGGUUUACAGACAAGGGCCGUACCAGUGCCACUGCGAUCGCCACUCUGGCUAAUCCGUUGGGCGCAGCUCUUGGACAGUUUGCGAACCCGUACCUCGCUAAAAUACCAGAUGAUAUACCCCGAAUGAUCCUGAUAAUUUCCAGUAUUUCCUCGGUGGCCAUCAUGCCUUCCUUGUUCAUUCCGUCGAAGCCACCCACUCCACCUUCAACAGCCGCCGCAGUUAAUCGAACACCACUAUUGGUUGCGCUCAAGGAUGUAGCUAGAAAACGAAACUUCUGGCUUCUCUCUCUGCCAUUCUCCAUCUAUGUGGCGCUAUUCAAUUCCACCAUUACCCUGAUCAGCCAGGCGGUAAUACCUUAUGGUGCUACCGAAGAGGAGGCGGGCAUCGCCGGCGGAGUUCUGAUUGGCACAGGGCUGCUGGGAGCAGCUGUCCUCUCACCACUGAAUGAUAGGUUCAAGUGGUAUAUGGGCACCAUUCGGAGCUUCCUUCCUAUCGCCUGUGCUAUGUACAUCGCGCUCAUCUUCGCACCGGCCAGCGCUUGGGGUAUGUGGCCUACAUAUCUAGUCUGUGCGAUCCUGGGGUUUUCGUCAUUUAGCAUUCUUCCAGUCUUGCUGGAGCUUCUGGCCGAAAUAACAUUUCCCCACUCCCCUGAAAUAGGCAGCAUAAUCUCUUGGUUUGGUGGACAAAUAUUCGGCGCAGUGUUCAUUAUUGCUCAGUCUGCAAUGGUUGCUGGGCCCUCUGCUCAUCCGCCAUACAAUAUGCGUUGGUCUCUUACGUUUGCAGCGAUUGUGAGCGCAGUGUUCUUGCCAGCGCCACUGCUACUGACUCUAGUUGACCCUGGGGUUGUACGCCAGCGAGAGCGGUGGCAUAACGCAGGCCUCGAAGCUGUCAGAAAUUCCGCUUGA